AUGGGGAGAGGGAGAGUGGAGCUGAAGAGAAUAGAGAACAAGAUCAACAGGCAGGUCACUUUUUCAAAGAGAAGGAAUGGGUUGCUGAAGAAAGCUUAUGAGCUUUCUGUUCUCUGUGAUGCUGAGGUGGCUGUGAUCAUCUUCUCCAGCCGUGGCAAGCUUUAUGAGUUUGGGAGUUCUAGCUAUGGCAUCACGAAAACACUUGAGCGCUACCAAAAUUGCAGCUUUAAUCCUCAAGAAAACUGCAUUGAGAGAGAACCACAGAACUGGCCCCAUGAAGUUAUAAAACUUAAGGCCAAGUAUGAAUCUCUUCAAAGAACUCAAAGGCAUCUACUUGGAGAAGAUCUUGGGCCACUCAGCAUCAAAGAGUUGCAGAAUCUUGAAAAACAGCUUGAAAUUGCUCUUGCACAGACUAGGCAAAGGAAGACUCAAGUUAUGAUGGAACAGAUGGAAGAGCUUCGUAGAAAGGAGCGCCAUCUUGAUGAUGUGAACAAGCAACUGAAGACCAAGGUUUCGCUAGAACUAUCAUCGCUUGAAGCUGUAGAAGGACAAGGGCUCGGGGCGCUUCUCUGUCCCUGGAAUAGCUCCAAUAAUGCAUCAGCCUCAACCAGCAGCUUUCCUGUACAGCCUUCUCAAGCCAACCACAUGAAUUUUUCGCUCGAGCCUGUUCUGCAAAUCGGGUAUCCUCACUAUAUGGCUGCUGAGGGAUCCUCUGGGACUAGGAACAUGGCUGUUGAGAGUGACAUCUACCAUGGAUGGAACCUUUGAUCAAUCUGAAGUUGCCUUCAAAAUAUAUAUAUGUAUAGACUUCUGAUAUCACUGUCUUUACUGGUUUAUAUAUAUUUUGAGACUUGGUCAAUUAAGUGGCAUUUAUAUAUCAUACAAACUGAUUGUAUUAUAUCUAUAUUGGUAGUUCACUUUUAGUGGUAUAAAAUAUGCUUUUAUUUGCACAA